AUGCUUCAAGAACGUUUUCAGCAUUUCGGUGAAACUGUAAGUCGACAUUUUACAGAUGUGUUAGUUGCAGUCAUAAAGAUGUCUAUGGAUUUUAUAAAACCUCUUGAUCGUGAAUUUAAAGAAGUACCUAAAUACAUUCGCGAGAAUCGAAAGUACUGGCCACAUUUUAAGGAUUGUAUCGGAAUAAUUGAUGGGACACAUAUUGCAGCUGUUAUCCCUGAAAAUAAGAAAGUUCCAUACAUAGGAAGGAAAGGGUAUUGUACUCAGAAUGUAAUGGCUGUGUGUGACUUUAAUAUGCUAUUUACAUUUGCUUGGGGCGGUUGGGAGGGACCGGAAGUUGAUGGUGGAUAUCCUAAUAUGAAAGGAUAUUUAGCGUCUUACAAGGGAGAACGAUACCAUCUUCCAGAAUUUCGUCGUGGAAGUCAGCCAAGGGGCCCUCAUGAGUUCUUCAAUCAUGCUCACUCAUCUUUGAGAACGAUUAUUGAAAGAACCUUUGGUGUUUGGAAAGCAAAAUGGCGAAUUCUAUCACAAAUGCCUAGUUUUAGUUUUUCAAAACAAGUUGCAAUUGUUAUUGCAUCCAUGAUGAUUCAUAAUUUUAUACGGCGAACAGCUAUUAUUGAUGACGAAUUUCAACGAUAUGAUGAAAAUUUGGAUUUAGUGCCUAAUAAAGAAAGGAAUGAUAAUGAUGAACACCCACGUGAGAGGUACAUUGGCGAUGACAAUGAGAUGGGGGUUGUUCGUGACCGUAUAACUUCUCAAUUAUAUAAUUGUUAG